UAGGGAGAGUUGUCUACAGGCUAUACAAUAUCUCCAUUGUGCCAUUGGGAGGAGGAGAUCUAGAAAGAAUUGAAUGGUAGCUACACCCUGCGCGUAGAAGCGUAGAGUCACCAUAGGGAAGACUGGGAAUCAUUUUUUGGCAAUAACAAAGGUGGGAGAGGGGCAUCGAAACCGAGAAAAAAACAGCCUGAGACAGUUUCUGUGUAUAUUCUGAUUCGUGGAAUGCGUGAGAGUAAUGUAUUGUCGUCAGCAUGAUCUUAGGUAGAAGUAAUAAGCGACAAUAACGAUAACUAAACGUAAUUUUCAACAACAGACAUUCCUAUUUUGUCUCAUUGUUAUUAUUCGGAAAGAUACCCUGUCAUCUGAAAGCCGACAGGACACUGCAUGGAUAUUAUCCCUGAAAGCAUACAAAAAAACGACCUUACAAAGAAAACUACAUUUUGAUUGAUCUUGUGAGUUAAUGUGCGUGAUCUUGCACGCACGCACGCACACGAAACGAACCCGAAACAAAAGCAAACUCCUCCUCCCUCCGUUUUCUCUCCUCCUCUCCCUCCCCCAGUUCUUCUAUGCUCAGUUCGGUCUGCGUCUCCUCUUUCAAAGGGCGCAAGGGUGGGAACAAGUCAUCCAACAAAGCAUGUUACACUGCAGACAUGACUUGUCCGUCGGAAAGCGAGAAAAUCGUGAUCAACUGCGGGGGGGUGCGGCAUGAAACCUAUCGAAGCACCCUAAAAACGUUGCCCGGUACCCGCUUAUCUUGGCUUACCGAACCGGACGCCUUUAGCAACUUCGAUUACGACCACAAAAACGACGAGUUCUUCUUCGAUCGCCACCCAUCGGUCUUUUCAUUCAUCCUCAACUAUUACCGCACAGGGAAGUUGCACUGUCCGAACGAUGUGUGCGGCCCGCUGUUCGAAGAGGAGCUGGCAUUCUGGGGCAUCGACGAGACGGACGUGGAGGCUUGUUGCUGGAUGAAUUACCGGCAGCACAGGGACGCAGAGGAGGCGUUGGACAGCUUUGAGAAUCCCGAACCGGAGUUGCCAGAAGAUGACCCAGCUCUACCAGGAGGCGCAGAUGGGGACAUGAAAAGACUGUGCUUGCAUGAGGACGGAAGGAAAAAGACAUGGUGGGAAAUCUGGCGACCCAGAAUGUGGGCCCUUUUUGAAGACCCUUAUUCCUCUAAAUACGCCCGGUACUGCGCAUUCCUCUCCCUUCUGUUCAUCCUCAUCUCCAUCUCCACCUUCUGCAUGGAGACGCACGAGGCCUUCAACACCAUCUACAACAAGACGGAGAACGUGACGGAGGGAAAUGUGACGCGCGAGGUGAUCGUCUACGAGGUGGUGACCGACAGCUGGCUUACGUACGUGGAGGGCAUGUGCGUCAUCUGGUUCACCAUUGAGGUGAUGGCACGCGUGGUCUUCUGCCCGGACAAGGUCGAGUUCUUCAGGAGCACCCUCAACAUCAUCGACUUCAUUGCCAUCAUGCCUUUCUACCUGGAGGUGGGGCUGAGCGGCCUGUCCUCCAAAGCCGCCAAGGACGUGUUGGGCUUCCUGCGCGUGGUCCGCUUCGUUCGCAUCCUUCGUAUCUUCAAGCUGACCCGCCACUUUGUGGGGCUUCGUGUCCUGGGCCACACGCUCCGUGCCAGCACCAACGAGUUCCUCCUGCUCAUCAUCUUCCUCGCUCUCGGAGUGCUCAUCUUCGCCACCAUGAUCUACUAUGCCGAGCGCAUCGGCGCCGACCCUGAUGACCCUACGGCUGCCAAACACACAAACUUCAAGAAUAUCCCCAUUGGUUUCUGGUGGGCCGUGGUCACCAUGACCACUCUGGGCUACGGGGACAUGUACCCCGAAACGUGGUCGGGGAUGCUGGUGGGUGCACUGUGCGCCCUGGCAGGGGUGCUGACCAUCGCCAUGCCUGUGCCCGUCAUCGUCAACAACUUUGGCAUGUACUACUCACUGGCCAUGGCCAAGCAGAAGCUUCCCAAAAAGAAGGGCAAGCACAUCCCCCGGCCCACCAUGCCGGGCUCGCCCAACUACUGCAAGCCUGACGCUCUCGCUAUGGCCACCGCCUCGCCCCAUAGGAUCCUGGGUAAUGUACUCGGCGAGGUGAUCGGGUCUGGAGGCUUCGACUGCCCCCUUGCUCAAGAGGAGAUCAUAGAAAUCAACCGAGAUUCCAAGCAGAACGGCGACGCGGCCACUGCGGCCCUGGCGAACGAGGACUGCCCUACUAUCGACCAGGUGCUGAGCCCGGACGAGCGGAGUCCCGCGGGGCGAGGGGGCACCGGAGUAACCCGGGAACGCUACCAGCAGGACCGCGCUUGCUUCCUGCUCAACACCAGGGAAUUCCGCGCCACAGAUGGGAAUGUGCGGAAAGUGUUAAGUUUCUAGCAAUUUCUCUGACGAAGACAUACUGAGUCAGUUAAUCAGAAAUGAGCGGAGGGAGCCACUUUAACCAAGACGUGUGACACGGAUGGACAGUUAAAAGGCAUAUCUUUGGCGUGACGAGAGAGAGAGACCAGAGGGAGAUCAAGAUAAACAUGAGGUUGGAUCUUUACGUUGUUACCAAAGCAGCCUCUUGGAAACUCCGGCCACACUUUUGAAGACUGUCUGACAGAUCACAUUGACGACUGACUGAGCAUUGCACUGACACACUCGGAGAGAAAAGGACUCCUACUGCAACAUUCCAGAAGACAUUAUAUUGUGACGCUCAACCAUCUCACAGUACAGUGACCAAUAACCGACUGCAGUGCUGAUCUACUGAGAAACUUAGAGAAUCAAUUAAUUAUCACUCACCUAUAAACGAGCGACCAGGUCUAACUAACUAUGUAGCAUCUCUGCUAACACUGUAGCAUUUGUUAGCUGGGAAAAAUAACGUCAUGACCUUAUCCAUUGACAGUUUUGAACAGAGCGAUGCGGAAAGACGCACUAAAUGAAAACUUGACAUGCCGUUUUCCUCUUGUGUUAUUUCCUUUUUACAAGAAACUAUUGUACAUGAGAGACAAAGACAAGUUGCCCUCGAACUGUUCUUUUUUUUUUGGACUAAAAUCUGUGAGAGCAACUGAUCCCGUUGCAGGUCAAAUGAAUCAGAGAACUGAAUUUGGACGUUUGAUAAUAUAUCUGUUCUCCCACCUCAUGAAGGAGUUCAUGACAUGUAGUUUACGUCUCCCAUUAAUUUCCAUCCAAUCUGGAAAGACGAUGCCAGGCCCUCAGCAUAGUGUACUACGUCCAUAUGAUAGAAGUACUACGUACAUAUGAUAGAAGUACAUAGAUGACCAUACCAAAAUGGAUGUAGCAUCAACAGAGGACCAAUUAGUACUAUAUCACCCCCCCCCCCCUCCUGCAAAUAUAAUUAUUGGUGAACAAGACUCUCUCUGUCUCUCACGUACUGACUUUGAAAUCCACGUGGCAUACUGUACCAAAGGUCCUAUGCAUGCACUCGCUGUAUGACUUGCCUAUAAAGUAACAACAGUAUGGGCUGCUAUGGGAUGAACAUUCCAUAUAUCUAGUGCAAAGCUUUGAACUGCCCUUGACACCUUCAUUAUCGCCUCGCUUUGGUACAAACGUGCAAGCUGGAAAUGCCACUCGCGCGUGUGUGUAUAUAACAGAGGUAAUUCCUGAGUAUAUUUUAAAACAUAUUUAAUUGAAUUAUAUUUAUUACAAUUACAUUCCUCUUGAACAAACAAAAAAUACUUCAUGAACGUAUGCGAUGACAGACACUGGUAUCGGUCACUAUAAAUUGACUAAUUUACCUGCUGCUCAAAUCAAUCAUGAGUAGAGCACAGACUGACUAAAGGUCAAGUCCCAUGCACAGACCUGCCAACAGGAGGAAUACGGUUCUAACUUAAAUACAGCACAGAGGAGGCCUCCAUAAUAAGGAUACCUUGAAGUCACAUCAAAGUGUAUCAGGUGGGGGAAAAAGUCCUCUGCUGUGGUUUUUACAAGGAACUAAACAUGCACAUAAUACUAUUGUUAUUAUAUCAGAUGCAUAUAUACUGCCAAUGAGGAACAUACGUCCCCUUAUGCUUAUACUGCCCCCCCCUCCCCAGACGCAUAUACUUCCCUCAUCUCUCUUGUUUCCCUUGCUGCCAAGCAAUGACCAAUGACUGCUUCAGGGUUAAGUCAAGCCUCCAACAAGAUAGCGAUGAACCUCCAAAUGAGACCAUAGGUAAAGUAAAACGGAGGAGAAAUGGACCAAGGAAGUAAAAAGGGGGGGACGUGUACAAAGAGAACAAAUCUAUAUUUUGAUAAACAAAUCAGCUAUCCAUGGCUUCAGACGGAGAAGGAGCACCAACUGAAAACAGGGUCAAAAGGCCAUUGGGAAAAGCAGUUGCAAACGUCUGUGAAUAUCAUGAAAACCUAUAUCGGAACUGGUUUGGCAAAAAAAGGAAGAGAAAAGUAGAGGAAUAAUAAUAUAUGAGAAUUACGUUUUUGGAAGGUUGGUGUGGUGGUUUGACAUGAGCGACUGUGUUUCAACAAUAAAGAGAAUAAUGGAGAGAGUCACAUGAGUGAGAGAAAGCUAUGGGGGCGGCCCAGAGUGGGGACGGCCCGGAGUGGAUGGGGCCCGGAGUGGGGAAUGCCCGGAGUGGGUGGGACCCGGAGUGGGUGGGGCCCGGAGUAGGGACGGCCCGAAGCGUGUGGGGCCUGGAGUGGGGACGGCCCGGAGUAAGGGGACGCUGUACUAAACAAUGAAGAAGGAAAAAAAAGAAAAUGCAUUUUUGUAACUUUGUUUACCAGCAUGACUACCCUGCAUGCCUGUCUUUUCUGCAAGCCCUUUGUUGAAGACAAGGGUGCUAGAGAUACAACAAAAAAACACAUAUAUAAAAGGAAUUAUUAAAAAAAUGUUAUAUGCAAUUAAUAUAUAUGAAAAAAAGAUUAUAAUGAAAGAGAAGAGCUAUAUUUUGUUUUGAAAAAGAAAAAAAUGUGAAAAUUGAAACAUGUAUGUUUGCAAAAUACACACUGACCUAUGUUUUGUUAGAUGAAAUCUCUCUGCUACUACUGCCCCACAUUCAUUCAUUCAAUUUUAUUGACCUCUGCAGUACUGUCUGCUUUUAUUAAGCCGUACUUAAGUGUUUGUUGCUUCUUGUUUCAUUUUUGUUUUUCAUUCUAGCCAGUUAUAAUUCUAUCUAAAAUUAGCAUUUAAGGGUUCAUUUCACUCUUCAUUUUUGAGAAGUGAUCUUAGCCCUUUUCAUCGAUUCAAAAACUCAAUGUUUCCCUUCCUUGAAUCAUUUUCACCACCACUGUAGCAGCCAUUUUAAAUCGAUGGCGCUCCAUACUGUAUGUUUGAAGGGUGUAUACAUUACAAAUAUUCAAUGUUUGCUUUUAUUUGUUGUUGAGAAUAAUAGACAAUUUGUCAUAUGAUUGUAGCAGGGCAAAUUGAUACCAUGGACGGUUACCUUCUAUGCCCGUUUGGAGAAGUUUGUAACCGUUUGUUUUUGGAAGUGGCUGGGUGGUUAUGUUCUGGGGAAGGCAGUCUUCUUCCAUCAGUCCUCAGGGGAGAGACGGUGAAAAGGGGGUUAGGCCGGGAUUUAAUCUGAUCAGCGGUUGAUCUGUGUUAUAGUGCGCUUGAGAUUUAAAGGUAAUUUCCAAUUGAGCCGUGAACACGGUCUCCGCGAACGUGGGAACGUUGCCUUUAAAAGGUGCAUAGCUGACAAAGUGCGAUUGGAUUGAAUCACAGACUUUGGCCCGGGGUUCAAACGAAUGCAGAUGAAUGACCUGUGCACUGCGAUUGAUUUUUAAAGGCGAUUUAAACUGUUUGAGUCGACAUUUGCGGCUUUUGCAGCGAACAUUAUCUGUGUCUUUUGAAGUCAAUUGCUGUGCUGGAUUGAAUCCAGGGCCUUAGUUAGUUAUCCAAUAAAGUGCAAUAUCUGUUCAUGAGAGAGAGAGAGGUCGGUCAAGAGAGAUGUGUUACUAGUCGAGAGAUUUCAGGUUUGCAUGAAACAAACUGCCAUUCCAAAGUUGUGUCUGUUUUAAAAGAGACUCAGGUGUGUCGGUGGUUUGUGUGGAUUUAGGUGGUUUGCUAUUUUCCGUAUAUAAUAAAUUCUAGUAUAUAGAUAAAAUUACGUGAACACCUUACAGUGACGUGAAACGCAUGCAUUGUGACUUGAUUGUCGAUCUCCUGAGGGAACGCGGUCUCGCCAUAUCCCAAGCUCCUUUGUUGUGUGUCAUGAAACCAGUCCUGAUGUUAUGAACACUGUGCCGUGUCGUAGAGCAGCAACGUCUUCCUCGGGAGAGACAACUGAACACUACACACACUCUCAGUGUCAGCAUGGGUGUGUAGAGGUAGCUUGUCCUUGUUGUUAGGUGGUCAGGUCUUGCAUUCGUUCGUCAUCCAUCCGAGAACCAUCCAGCUGAUAGUCGUCGACGGGCAGCAGCUCACGGUAGCAUUACGUAAUGUUAUAACACGCUUCAUACACGUUAUAACAUGUUAUAUCAUACUUCAUACAAAGACCCAGAGCUUCCAAACUGAUGUCAUUGAAGUACUUUAAAAUGGAAGGGUGAGAUUGAAAGAACCAGUGGCCACUACUGUGCAAGUUGGGUAGGUGUAGAAAUGUGUAUUUCACUAGAGUUCCCCACUGUUGAACAGGUUGGGUGAAUGUUGGUUUUCCAGACACUAUCUUUAAUAACAGUGGCUUUCUCUUGAGGGUGUAAGCCCUGGCAGGUCCAGGAUCAGCCCAGGCAGCUGUAAAAAAAAAGAAGGUAUCUCUGUCCAUCCCUAAUCAUGCAUUCUAAUUGGACUAUCACCACUAGACUAGACUUAAAUGAAUGAACUACGGAGGCUACUCACUUAUUUAGUUCAAUCUAUGUUGGUUUUUACAGGGUCUACAACGUUGUCCACUUUCCCGCGAAAAUUGGUCCAUGAUAUUUUUCUUCUUCCUUCAAUGUGUUUUGUUCACUUUUUCCUUUCAAACUAUGAUUUCAGGAUUUUUUUAGAAGGCAUUAAGCCACUUAGGCUUUGGGGGUCGCAAACUGUAGUGUUGAUAAAUAUUCCAGGGGUAAACUUCCAGUAACCACGGUUCGUGAACUGAACACACUCGCAAAUUCCCAAGAAUUGUAGAUAUUUUUGGGGUGGUUAUGUUAUAAUAUAGCACAGUAUUGUUAAUACUUUCUCUGUUAUUGACUGAUGAGUAUUACAUUCCUUUUUUAUUAUUAUUAUAUAUAAAAAAAUACAUGUGACUGUCCACAUCAGGCUAAAAACAAGAUGUCUUUUUUUCCUUCUCGUUUUCUAUUGCACAAUACUGCUAUUUGAUGUAACAAUGUUGAACGCAAUGGGUUACAGUGUUAAGAGUGCUAAGUCUGUUUUAUGUUCCAUUUACAAAAUGCCUUUAAAAAAAAAAUAUAUAUAUAACCAAGGGAUAUACGUAGAUAUGGACUUCAUAACCAAUCCUCAGCAACAGCUACUGUAGAUGACACAUUAUGUGAGAUUCACCCACACCUGCAACGAGUUAAGUGACUUGAACAUAUCCACUCAUGGUAUUUAUGAAGUCCUUAUUUACCCUCACCGAUCCCUUUUGUAUACCCGGACGUUCUAUCUACAGUCAAUGCAUUCUCAGAUUUCCGUGUCUUCUCAUUUUGAAUUGAAGGUUCACCGUAAAUUCCACUGGUACUACUUAUGUAUUUCAUGUACUAUCAACCAUUUUUUUUUGUGUGUGAUAGAAACCAGAGACAACUAUGCGGUUUAACUACGUGUAUGGGUAUACUAUGGGUAUGGAUAAAUACAUUGCCAAGCUAGUUUAGAGUUGUAAGUUGUCCCUAAGAAAACAAACAGCUAACUCUUACCCUAAUGCAGUUGUAUUACCUCAACACAUAGUAUAAUGACAGACAGAGAAACAUAGAUAUACCUAUUGAACCUACUGUAUCAUACCCAUAUGGAUAUAUACAGACACAACUUAAAGGCAAAUACAGUAACACUUUAUAAUAACUCAUGAGCAAGUCAUUAGAAAUGAUGAUACAUGUUACUGAAAUGCUUGCAAAUAAAGGAAAAUGUAAAAAAAAACGUGUUUAUUAAUAGUAUGUAUACUACUUACAUAGUUGAAUGCGUAUACUUGAAAGUUGUUAUUAAGGGUCACCACAAACUCAUUAAAGACAUAUUAUUACCUGUGGACCCUCAGUUCACGCAUGGCCUUGAGUUGAAAUAUCGACAGACAUAUGUAAACCUAGUCAUCAGCAUUCCAAAGACAAAAUGUAUCUCGUUUUUUCACAACACUUUGUAAAAACGAGACUUAGGUGUUAUUGUUUGCUGCCAUGGUAGGAGAAUGAAUAGGAGAAAAGAAGUGGUUACUGGAACACAUGGUUGAGACUAAUGCUGUAUUUUAUUUUUGAAAUGUUGGAAACACAAAAGUAUUAUUCAUCAAGAAACUGUAUAAAGUAUAUUUAUUUCGAUGGAAUGUUCAUGAUCUAUCUUUUUAUAUUUUGAAGAAUAAAAAUAGAAACAUAUCAA